AUGCCUCCAAAGAUCGAUCCUAACGAAAUUAAGGUGAUCCACUUGAGAGCUACUGGUGGUGAGAUUGGUGCUUCUUCAGCCCUUGCUCCAAAGAUUGGUCCCUUAGGACUUUCCCCUAAAAAAGUUGGUGAGGAUAUUGCAAAAGCUACUGGAGACUGGAAGGGUCUACGUGUCACAGUAAGAUUGACAAUCCAAAACAGACAAGCGGCGGUCUCUGUUGUCCCAUCAGCUUCAUCACUGGUCAUUAAAGCAUUAAAAGAGCCACCGCGGGACAGGAAAAAAGUAAAGAAUAUUAAGCACUCAAAUUCGAUAACUCUUGAUGAAGUGAUUGACAUCGCCCGAACUAUGAGAUUCAAGUCGCUCUCAAAAGAACUUAAAGGAGGUGUUAAAGAAAUUUUGGGCACUGCAUUCAGUGUAGGGUGCCAGGUCGAUGGAAGAAGUCCGAAAGAUAUCAGUGAUGAUAUCGACAGUGGAGAGAUAGAAAGUAAGCUGUUCUCAACAAAAAGUAUAGAUUUUUCACUAAUCGAAACAGUCCCGGAUGAAUGA